AUAUUCUGAGAAACUUUCCUUUUUCAAACCUAGGAUUCCCAUAGAGAAGAGUUGCUUGUGGCGUCUUUGUAUAGCCGCAGCAACAGCGCUUAAGACUUAUACACCGCUUCCUAGUGCUUUACAACCUCUCUUAAGUGGUUUCCAGAGUCUGCCUAUUGCCCCCAACAAUAGCACAAAGAUGGCAACGUCAUUUCUAGUGGACAGCCCAGACGUGAAGUACACUCAGGAGUUCAUUGAGGCUAAGUACACCUAUGACACAGUACAAGUCUGCCAGGAGAAUGGUGUCACCAAGGUCAAGCCAACUUCUACUGAUCUCACUUUCCGUACAGGCCUGCGGGUUCCCAAGUUGGGUGUGAUGCUUGUUGGCUGGGGGGGAAACAAUGGCACAACAGUGACUGCUGCUGUUUUGGCCAAUAGACUGGGUCUCUCCUGGAUGACCAAGAGGGGUCAAAAGCAUGCCAACUACUAUGGCUCUCUCUUACAAGCAUCCACAGUAUGUCUCGGGACCGGUCCCUCUGGAGAUGUCUAUAUUCCUUUCCGUGAUAUGCUCCCCAUGGUACAUCCUAAUGACAUUGUUUUUGAUGGCUGGGACAUUUCCUCUAUGAAUUUGGCUGAUGCCAUGCGCAGGGCUGAGGUCUUGGACUGGCCCCUUCAAGAACAGCUGCGGCCUUACAUGGUAGGCCUGAAGCCUCGGCCUUCCAUCUACAUCCCGGAGUUCAUCGCUGCCAAUCAGGGAGAAAGAGCUGACAAUGUUCUGACUGGAAGCAAAGCUGAGCAGAUGGCUCGGAUUCGCCAUGAUAUCCAGGAUUUCAAGAACUCCAGUGGGGUGGAGAAGGUGAUUGUCCUCUGGACGGCCAACACCGAGUGCUUCUGUGAAAUCCAUCCUGGAGUGAAUGAUACAGCUAGCAAUUUACUCCAAGCAAUUGAGGCUGGCCUGGAGGUUUCUCCUUCUACACUCUUCGCUGUGGCAAGUAUCCUGGAAGGUUGUGCCUACAUCAAUGGCUCUCCCCAAAACACUUUUGUGCCAGGAGUUAUUGAGCUUGCUGUUCAGCAGGGAGUCUUUAUAGCCGGAGACGAUUUCAAAUCUGGUCAAACAAAGCUCAAGUCAGUUCUGGUGGACUUCCUCAUCAGCUCUGGCAUUAAGCCAGUCUCCAUUGUUAGCUACAACCACCUGGGCAACAACGAUGGAAAGAACCUGUCCGCACCAGCUCAGUUCCGCUCCAAGGAAAUUUCCAAGAGCAACGUGGUGGAUGACAUGGUGAAGUCGAACCCCAUCCUAUAUGGACCAGGGGAACAUCUGGAUCACUGCGUGGUGAUCAAGUAUGUGCCCUACGUCGGUGACAGCAAGCGGGCACUAGAUGAAUAUACUUCGGAGAUCGCUUUGGGGGGGACCAACACCAUCGUCAUUCACAAUAUGUGCGAGGAUUCCUUACUAGCUGCUCCCAUAAUUUUGGACUUGAUCAUUCUGGCUGAACUCUGCCAACGGAUCCAGGUGGGCAUAGGAGAUGCCAAGCCGGAGCCCCUUCACAGCGUCUUGUCCCUCUUGAGCUUCCUCUGCAAGGCUCCCCUUGUUCCUAAAAGAGCUCCAGUGGUCAACGCACUCUUCCGUCAACGGGCUGCCAUUGAGAACCUAUUCAGGGCCUGCGUGGGGCUCCCACCUCAAAACCACAUGCAGCUGGAAUACAAGACCCAGAGAUUGUGGAGCUGCGCAAAGCAUGGCCAUUCCCCUGUGCCCCCAGCUUGGGUAGCCACUCCUAAAAAGGCCCACAUGAAUGGUUUUGUGGAUCCCACUGAAAGCAAUGGCCUCCCAGCCCGCAGUGCCCACAGCCACGUAACUGGCCUGCAAAAUUAGAAGCCCACAGCAUGCUCCACUACUAGUCAACACUGUAUGGUAACCAGACCAGAUUUACAACUUGGACUGUCUGCCUCCUUGACCCCGACACCCCCCCCCCAUCUCUUUUUUGUAUUUGGUUACUUAUAUUUUUAUGUAGUAGUGACAAAGCUGUAUAUUCGGGACAGGCAACAUACCUUCUUUUACUGUGUCCUUACCUGUUACGAAUGAAAUGUAACUUGAACGCUUGAAUGUUUGAAAUAAGAUGUAACUAUAGUUGUAUCUUUCAUUUAGCUCAGAAAUUUAGAUUUAUUUGGCUAUCCUUUUUUAAAUGGUGACAUUGGAAUAAAAUUGAAAGAUGAGA